UUAAAUAUCAAUUUUCACUUGUGUGGUGAAUUUCACACGUUCACUAGCCACACUGUUGGCAUGUUUCAUUCUAAAUGGGUUUACACAUGUAUUUACUGACAACAAUCCAAACUGUGCUGUGUGUUUUCUAAGCUUACCUUUGGAGGACUUUCUGAAUCUGCAAGAAUGAGUUUAGGUGGCAAAGAGAACUUUGCUGGCUGCUUGGAAGGAAUCACCUACAAUGGAGAUAACAUAACCAGCUUGGUGCGCAGGAAGAAGGUGGACACCUCCAAUUUUCGUAACCUGACAUUCACCUGUGCUGAAUCCAGCUUUUUUCCUGUCUACUUCAACUCCACAUCCUUCCUGCGACUGCCGGGCCAGAGGGACAGUGACACUCUCUCAGUAAGUCUGUCUUUCAGGACGUGGAACCCCAACGGAGUGCUGAUGUUCACACAGCUGGCUGAGGGUUGGUUGGAGCUGUUACUGAUUGAAGGCAAGAUCACCGUCUACAUGAACGUGACACAGAAGAGGAGCACACGUAUUGACAUUUCUUCAGGUAUAGGUCUGAAUGAUGGCCAGUGGCACAGUGUCCAUUUAAAUGCACUGGACAACUAUGCCAUGCUGACGGUAGAUGGAGAUGAAGCAUCCACUGUUAGGACCGCUAUUCCUGGCCAGAUCAAGACAGGAGGAACCUACUACUUUGGAGGCUACUUCCCACACACUAGCAUGUGGUCACUACAGCGCUCUUUCCAGGGCUGCAUUCAGAUGAUCCACAUAGAUGACCAUCUAGUGGACCUGCGGGCUGUGGAGGAGGGUCACAUUGGAACCUUCGAAAAUGUUAGCCUGGAUAUGUGUGCAAUUAUAGACAGGUGUGUUCCCAACCACUGUGAGCAUGGAGGGAAAUGCUCCCAGACAUGGGAUACAUUCAGCUGCAAUUGCAGUGGUACUGGCUACUCUGGAGCAACAUGCCAUACAUCGCUGUAUCAGCAGUCCUGUGAGGAGUAUAAGCAUCAGGGUAAGAGCUCAGGCAACUUCUGGAUUGACCCUGAUGGUAGUGGCUCUCUAUCCCCCUUCAGAGUUCACUGUGACAUGACAGACACAAUGGUUUGGACCACUCUAAGGAACAACAUGUCUCCUCAGACGUCAGUUUCUGCUGCAGAUGAGGAUGGAAAAGCAGUACUUCCAAUUACUUACAAUGUCACUGAUGAACAGGUAUUGUCAGUCACCAGCAGAGCAGAAAGGUGUGAACAGUAUGUAGCUUACACCUGCCGAAUGUCUCGUCUGCUGACUGGUCCAGAUGGCACUCCAUUUACCUGGUGGCUAGGAAGAGAUAAUAAGAGACACUUCUACUGGGGCGGGUCAGGACCUGGGAUACAGAAGUGUGCCUGCGGUAUUGAAAACAACUGUUCUGAUCCCAAACACUACUGUAACUGUGACGCUGACCUGCGAGCCUGGAUGGAAGAUGCAGGUUUGUUGGUGUAUAAAGACCAUUUGCCAGUCAAUACAGUUGUGAUCGGUGAUACAAGCAGAUCCGGAUCUGAGGCCAAGCUGACUGUUGGGCCUCUUAAAUGCCAGGGAGAUAGAAACUUCUGGAAUGCAGCUUCCUUUAACAGCCCCGCCUCUUCACUUCAUUUCAAGUACUUUCAAAUUGAAUCCAGUACUGAUAUCUCAUUUUACUUUAAGACCUCUUCCAAUUACGGAGUCUUACUGGAGAACCUGGGAGCCAACAACCUCCUUCACAUUGAAAUCCGAGAAGGCUCAAUGGUCCUGUUAUCUUUUGAUUUUGGAAAAAAUCGGAUGGAGCUCACUGUUCAAACACCAAAGCCUCUAAAUGAUGACCAGUGGCAUCGUGUGGAGGCUGAGAAGAACACCAAAGAAGCAGUACUACAAAUUGAUGGUCAUUACAGAGAGGUAAAAGCGACCCCCCCACUGGGACACACAGAGCUGGAGUUCUACAGUGAUCUAUAUAUUGGUGCUUUGAGUGGCCAAAGGGGCUUCCUGGGCUGCAUGAGGUCUCUGAAAAUAAAUGGGAUCUUCUUUGAUCUGGAAGAAAGGGCAAAGGUGACUCCAGGAGUGAAGCCAGGCUGUCAGGGCCAUUGUAGCACCUACAAAAUGCACUGCAGGAAUGGCGGAAGGUGUGUGGAGCAAUACAAUGGAUACUCAUGUGACUGCUCUCUCAGUGCAUAUGAUGGACCCUUCUGCACUGAUGACGUAGGAGGGUAUUUUGAGGCAGGAACCAUGGUACGCUAUGACUUUCUGUUGGAUCAUGGCGGAUUGUUGCUAGGCGACCCAAGGAGCUUUUCAAACCUUGCCUAUUUAGGGGAAACCAACCUCACCCAGGAGGAACUGGUCUUCAGUUUCAGUACAUACAGUGCUCCAAGCAUUCUUGUGUACAUUAGUUCAAGGACCCAGGACUACAUGGCAGUGGUGCUGCGACACAAUGGCUCUCUCCAGGUCCGGUACAGUCUUGGUGGACUUGUAGAACCUUACACCAUAGAUAUUGACCAUCGCAACAUGGCCAAUGGUCAGCCGCACUCUGUCAACAUAACAAGGAAUCUGAGGGAGAUUCGACUGCAGCUUGACCACUACACUGUGUCGACACACACCCUGCCUGAGUCUUCUGACACACAGUUCAGCUUGGUCAAAAGUAUCUUUCUUGGAAAGGUUUAUGAAACGGGACAGAUUGACCCCAUUCUAAUAGAGCGCUACAACAGCCCAGGCUUUGUUGGAUGCUUAUCCAGAGUUCAGCUGAAUAAUGUGGCACCGCUGAAAGCUGCACUUCGCUCAGGCAUGACUGCUCCAGUCAGCAUCCAUGGAAUCCUGGUCCAGUCCAACUGUGGAGCCUCACCACUGACCAUUACCCCCAUGCCCCUUGCUAGUGACCUAUGGCAAAUAGAAGCUGGUGGUGCAGUUUUUCCCUUCAAAGACGAAAAGAUUGGAGGUGAUGCUGCUCAUCAGAAUUUUGCAGUAAUUGCAGGUAUUAUCUCCCUGGUCAUCUUGACAGUGCUGUGCUUCAUGGUGUUCGUGAUUCGCCACAUGUUUCGUCACAAGGGCUCAUACCACACUAAUGAGGCCAAGGGAGCAGACUCAGCAAACUGUGCUGAUGCAGCCAUUAUUGUCAAUGACCCGGCCUUCACUGAAACUAUUGAUGAGAGCAAGAAGGAGUGGUUCAUCUGACGUCUGGAAAAGCCUUGAAAACGUCACUCAUGGACAUGGGUCGAUUUUUUUUUUUUUUCCAAGCUUUGGGAGUAUUUAGGAAGUGGCAAACUGUGGAACCUUAAGCAUGUACGAGUCAUUAUUAAAAAAAAAAGCAACUUUGUGGACAGAUGUAGAGAGAGAUGGUAUUAUGGCACAAAGCACACCACAAGUUAUUUUACAAUGGUUUCUCCUAAAUGGACAAUGCAACAAAGUAAAACGCUUCACAGGAUUGUGCCAUAAAAUCAUAGAAUGAAAUUGUCUUAGAACAUAUCAGUUUUGUUUUUUACCAUUCUGAAAUACAUUUUCUAUUAAGUGUCAAUAUUAUUUUUAUUAGCUUUAUUUAUUCAGACUUAUUUAUAUGUAUUUUUCUGUUUAUAUUUGAUCUCCAUAAAAUGUGACACAUUGUAUCCAUCAUUAUGCCACAAAACAUCCAUAAUUGUAGCCAUUAUUUAAAUUGUAUCUGUUUUUACCAUAUUUUUAAAGAUUUGUGGCCUGGGCUUUGAUUGAACCCUGGAUGUGUACGUUCUGGCCGGUCUGUAAGUACAGCUGAUGAAACACAAUAAGGCUGCAUUUUACAUGAUAGACAGCAUUGACUCUUCUAGUUGUUGGUUUUAAAAUCCAAACGGGCCAAUUAGUCCAAACAGGUUCUUAUAUUUAGGUAUUUUUGUAUUUUUCUUAUGUUUCCACACUACAUUUACUUCUUAAGAUACAUGAAAACCCCUGACUGGACUAUGUUUUAAGUUGGUCAGAUAAUUCUUUUGGAAUUAUUUUAAAAGGACUCGUAUAGCAUCAGUCUCUUGAAACCAGAUAUUUAAUAAGUUAUUGCAAAGGAAUGUUUAUUAGUUACAUGUUUAGCUCCACCUUAACUCUGGACAUUUGAUUGUAAUGCAUUUUGUAUUUAUUCGUUUUCUUGUAUGCUGUUUGACACUGACUUGCCCUAUAUUUUUUCUUUAUGAGCCACUGUAGAACCACAUAGUUUUCUUCAUGUUACAUGGAUAAAAACAAUCCAAAACGUA